AUGCCUGGUAUUAGCACAGCACACAUAGCAUAGGUACAUACAUAACAUACAUAGCAUGCCUUACCUAGCUAGAGUUCGAGAGUGGAAUUGUCAACGUGAUCAUUACACAGGAUGCAUAUGAGAAGGACUGGAUGUGCAUGACAGCAAAGCCAAUACGAACAGGCAAACUGCACAUCUAGGUAGGUAGUUUUGUUCUUCUUGUGAUGAACUUUAUUAUAUGGAUCUCGUUUUCAUCAAAGAGAUGAACUUUACAAUUAAUCUGAUACAUCAAUAACAAAUGUCGGAGUGAUGAUACUCCAAGACUGAGUUUGGGUGGGAAUGCGUGGAAGAGCUCAGGUGACAGGAGACCAUCUCAUCAUUCCCAUUCUUGAGUGAAACCAUCUUUCAUCUUGGCAGUGGUAUGGAUUUGUUUCAAGACAUCACACACUUCUACAACACGGAGACCGACGACUCAAUAUCAUCACACAUCAUCACACUCAUUGGUCGAGGUUAUUCUUGGUUGAAUCAGAUCAUCUGUUGACCUCUUUAAAACAUGACCACAGCAUUUACUCCCGACUCCCGCCUCUUCAAAACUCCUUUUCUUCUUCUUCUUCUUCUUCAAGUCCCAGCAUCAAGCCAAGAUCUCAAUGAAAGUAUCCACGAAGGUUUGUGCAAUCAAAAACUCCGCCGAUCAGGUACCCUAAAGUAACUGAACGAUUCUCGUCGCCUCGAUGUGCAAUGGAGGACUCGUAUCGCAACGCCGUUAUGCUUGAAGAGAACAAGAAGAGAGUGAGGGUAAGAGGAUUGAGGGAGGUUGGCAUUAUAUAUUCGUGGAGAGAGGAUUGUGGAAGCUAGACGAAAAUCCAGGCAUACGUGUAUCGUUCCACCAACCAAAUAACCAAUAUAUCUUAAAGGUGGAUACAUACGGUAUUAGGUAUAGUACUUGAGAAUCUUUUGGUCCCGUUUAUGGAAAUUCUAUUACGAAUAUGAUUCAAGUGUAUUCCGCCGUCGGGAGGGGGGUACCAAGAUUUCCAUGCAACCGUGGAUUCUAGACCUUUGGGCUAACUUGACCCGCGAUAUCUUAUAAGGUUAAUUUGCAGGUGGGCACGUGGUGGGAUCAGUGAGGCAGUGUUCUAAGGCUGAUGGAUAUCAAAGGUCGAUCAUGAUGGAGAGGCUCGAGAGGUUGGUUGAUAACAGAUUCUAAUGUUGUCUAAUGUUGUCUAAUGCAUGCAUAUGCUGCAUAUGUCCUCCUUCUCCACAUGCUAGAACCCUGCCUUCCUAGGUUUGCUCCAUGUAUUGUAUCGACAUUGGUCUGGAAGUUAUGCUAGAGCAGGCUCAAGGCAUACUUCAAUCUUUGAAAAACGCUGAAAAACGCUGAAAGAACCGCACUAACCACUCCAAUGCCACCGGUUUUUGAUACGUCGAAUGAAUCUCAAAAGGCCAUUCUAACGUUCAUCAUUCCUUAGUAAGGCGACCCUCAGUUGAAUGGCUCCUCGGGCCAUAUGUAGGAAGGUUCAUCGUUUCGCAAUCCACGUUACUGCGAUCCCUUUCUAGACCCCGCCAUGGUCGAAUUUAUUCACACCCAACUCGAUAUGAAAGCCAUCUAAUUAUCAAGUCUGCACUACAAAUUCGAGGACUGUUGCUACAUUGAAUUCUUAUUUGGGUUUGAAUCAUGAUUCAUUUACCGUAUCUCGAACUUGAAGAAACAUUUGGUCAUUAAAUUUGAGCCAGGCGAGAUGACUUUGAUGGGCCACCGUUUUGACAGAUCCAAGGGAUGCUAAUCUUUCAUAUAUUGAGCAACCGCCCUCAGCUCAGAGCACUGCUCAAUAUUCCAUUCAACUUCUGUGGUAAAGUCUUUUGUACAGCUCAAACUCAGGUGUUGAAAUGAACAGCAUCUCGCCAUGAACCCUUAAUAUACCACAUAAAACCUUCAAGACCAAUUUAGAUCUUCGAGUCUCAGGUUGCCAAAGCAAAAUGAACACAUGUCCGACGCUCCGCUAGCAUACCAUCGGUUUGCGAAAGGGGGGGGAAGAUGUUAGUUGGCUUGUUUGUCAGGGAGGUGUCAAAGGUUUGGAGGAGUUGGUAAUAGAGAAACAUCUAUCAUUUCAUACUUCUAAUCGUAUAUGGACAAAAGCCAAUAGGAUACAGACUACUCUAGUAGUUCCAUCAUAACCUAUGUGAUUGUUAACAUUGAAUCCGGAAAAUAAUUCCUUCCAGUUCCAUUCAGCCUGGUCAGCUUCCUUCACUCCAUCUCCCCUCCAUUCUAUCAACGGCCCAAGCUUCUUCCCACCAAAAUUUCUCGACUCUAUCACUCCCAAUCGUAAUCGCGUCACCUCAAGGCUACCGACCACUUAUCACUAUCAAACGCGCCUACUAAUCUCAAUAUUUAAUAAAUCAAAUCAACUUACAAAACAUUCCAUCUUGUCGCAAACACCUAAAAUGGAUAUUGAUAAUGAUGAUGAGAUAUUGAGGACACUCGCACAUGGUCAAUCUAUUGAUUACUCGACAUGGCCGAAUUUACUUGAGAGGUUGAUGACCAGAUUGGAGAAAAUUGUUAUUACCGAUUUCCAGAUCCCCAAACCUCCAACGCACCCUCGCCCCUCCUCGCCUUCACUCUCCCCCAAACGCGAUACCAAUCCCGAAGACCCCUUUACUACCUCCCAACCGUCGUUAGAAUCUCUUCCACCAAUCUGCUACAAGCAACUUCUCGAUAUUCAAAAUACAUUGAACAAGCAAUUCCCAACUCACCCCCCUCACACAAUUCAACGUCUAUCCGAACUGCUCCUAAAUCCCACUCAACACCACCGCUCUCUUCCCUCUUACCUCCACGCCCUCGAUCGCGUCGUCCAUGUCACAUCGCCCAUAACUUCAUUCCCUCUCCCACCUGCCGUUCCAGAUCCAAGAGUUUCUUCCUCUGUCCUCAGUAAUGGAACCCCUCCAUCCGUUGACCCUCUUAGCAUCACCUGGAGUAAUCCGAUGACUGGAACCGCUCCCGUGAAUGGAGGACUAGGUAGUGACGAAGCACUAGGAGGUGCAUUGUUAACUCCAAUAAGUUGGUUAAAUAAGCGGGAAUCGAGCCUUUCACACACAGGUUCAAAUGGCACAAAUUCCGGAGGCGGGUCGCCUCGUGGGGAGGUACGAACAGAGAGUACCGAGACAAUUGAUGGACCAAAUGGACCCGGUGGCGUUGAGACAGUUUCUGUAUCCGUAAACGGUAUUUCAUCAGUUGGUUCUCAUGCAAUGAUGUCGCUACUUUCUUCAUCGCCAUCUAGUUCUGGAGAACAAGGUUUGAGAGCAGAUGGUGGAGUUACACAGGGAGAAUUACUACGCCAGGAACAGAAAGCUGGAGUGGUUCCAGCAUCGCAGUUGAGAAUACAGAGAGAACCCGAGAGAGAAGAACGGACGGGGAAAGGGGAUGAAAGUGGAAUGGGAGAAGACGAUGAGAUGCCACAUGCGAGGGGUCCAGAGGAAAUUGGAAUGGAGGAUAUGGGGCCUCAGGAACCGGGAAAAGUGCCAAUGACUGGGGGUGGAAUUGAUGUUGAGGCUGCUGUGGGAAGGAGGCCAGAUUUCACGGAGGAGAAGGAAGAAGAGAAAGGAAAGGAAGGAGAGGACGGCGAACCGAGUGGAAAGGCGGGUGAAGAUGCAGAUGGGGAUGCGAACAUGAAAAUUGAGGCGAAAGAUGACGAUGAACAAUCAAUUACAUCGAAAAGAGCAGCAGAAGACGAUAUUGGAAGUGAAGCUGGGGAAAAGCGGGUUAAAGAGGAGAUGGAUAUUGAGCCACAACCAGAUUCUGAGAUCGAACCAGACGAUGCCAAGGAAAAUGCAGUGAAAGGAGAGGAAGAUACCACGAUGGAAACCGACUCAGAGAUCGAAGCGAAGACGGAGCAUGGAGAAGAAGAUGCAAAGGCAGAACCUGCAAAAGGGGAAACCUAGGCAUGUGUUGAUGAGGAUAUAAGCAACCCAAUGGAUACCAGACCCGAAGAGAAGUAGACGGGUUUGCACAAAGUAGUGUGGAAUUCUAAAUUGAUGAUACUAUACUGUAGCUAGCUAUCACGAUGAGAAGGAUGAAUGAAUAUAAUGGGUUGAGUA